GGGUCAAGGGGCGCACUUCAUCCCCAGUUCUCUCAGUGUUCAGACGUGUGCACUCGUUGCUGCCUCACUCAGGUACCGAGGACAAAACAGGGGUCCUUGCAGUUGUAUGUCUAUAACUACACCCAGUUAGUCACUGAGGAUGGAGCAGCUGUGGCUCAUCUUGCACUGGUUGGAGGAGCAGUUGGAGAACGGAGUGAGCAGCUACCAGAGGUGGCAAAUUGUAGCAGCCACAGCCACUCUAACUCUCGCUGUCUACACUACCAGGAAUCUCUACCAUAACAGACAAGAUGUGUGGGAGAGCAUCAGGAAGUGGUCAUUUAAAAUGGUACGUACUAUACCAUCUGUCAACCGAAGAAUAUCUGAGAGAAUUGAUGAAGCUCGCUCAGAGAUUGAACGCGCUAUAUAUAAGAAUACUGGAGGAGACAGCAGUCGUGUGCCACUGAUGGCUCUACCACCCACUGGCUGGACCAGAGACCAGGUCCUUCAAGCUGCCUCCACCCUACUCUCCGAGGGUAGGUAUGAGUGGCAAGAUGGUAAAAUGUCUGGUGGAACAUUUUCUGGUGACAAUGCUGCCUACAACAGCUUGAUGGAGCAGAUGUUUGGCCUGUUUGCCCUCAGCAAUCCUCUCCACGCCGACGUUUUUCCCGGUGUUAUGAAGAUGGAGGCAGAGAUUGUGAGGAUGACCAUUUCCCUCUUCCAUGGUACUGACAACCAUUGUGGAUCUUUAACAUCCGGAGGCUCUGAGAGCAUCUUGAUGGCAGUGAAAGCCAUGCGUGAUUGGGGUCGUGAGGUGAGGGGCAUCGAACAAGCUGAGAUAGUUGGUUGUGUCACCGUCCACGCAGGAUUCGACAAGGCUGCAGACUUACUAGGAAUGAAGCUUCGCAAG